AUGUUUAGUAAAGUUAAGGAUCUCAUUCGUGGUCAGUCUCAAGAGACUUUGAUUAAACGGUAUACCCAGCAAUUGGCCACCAUAACUUCAAAGAUCCACCAGUUGGACGUGGCCUUGAAAAAGAAGGAUGCCACAAGGUCUAAAUGGCAAGGAUACAUGAAUUUAUACGGAUCAAGUGCACUUGCUGUAUUUACCGCUGCCUCAUACUUGCGCCUAAGUGACAAACAUUUCAUAUUAGCUAUCCUGGUUGCCUCAGUCGCGGCCUUCGUCCUACUAAAGUGGACCUUAAAUAAGUGGUUCGAAUACUCCGCACAAAGAACUGUUCGUAAGCUCGAUAAGCUGAGGGCAGAACACCAAGAUAAGCUGGAGGCUCUCAAGCAGAAGACGCACUUUUAUUCUACAAAUUCAUUGAUACAACGAUUCUCUUCUGGUGAGCAUCAGGCAGAGGACGCUGUAACUUUAAUGGACGAAGAAGUGAGAAGUAAGCACGAAGAGCUCAGUAAGCUACAGAGAGAGCUGGAGGGCUUUAAGAGCCAUGAAAAUACGCAAGAAUCACAAGUCCAGAGGGAAAAGUGGUUUGACAAGGUACUGGACGUAAUUUCUGGAGGCGACCUGAAGCUAAACUCGCAGAUGAAGCCUAUAGUGUGCAGCGAGUGCGGCAAGCAUGCAGGAAGUUACAGCAUUGGUGGGACCCAGCUGCAUUAUGUCUGCCCAUUCUGUGGCUGGAAAUUCGAUACCCCAGAUGGCGAUUCCCAUGAUAAUGAAGAAAGCAAAGAUGAAUUGUCUGUAACAUCCUCAGCAAAUAAAACUAUGUAA